AUGGAGCUUACAAUGGAAAACAUUGGAAAUCUGCACGGUGUAUCUCACUCCCAUCAAACGAGCGACUUAAUGAACUCCCCCCACGCGCGCCAGUCGUCGGCGUCGCAUCGGAACUUGGUGUCGCACGGACGGUCAGCCAUGGUGUCCAGCAUGGCCUCGAUACUGGAGGGAGCAGGGGACUACCGCACAGACCACGCUUUGUCUGGCCCCCUGCAUCCGGCGAUGACCAUGUCGUGCGACUCCGGGAUGAGCCUGAGCAGCACCUACACCACGCUGACGCCGCUGCAGCACCUGCCCCCCAUAUCCACCGUCUCGGAGAAAUUUCACCAUCCACACCCACAUGCUCACCAUCAUCAGGCGCACCAGCGACUUGCAGCCGGGAAUGUCAGCGGCAGCUUCACCCUGAUGAGGGACGACCGAAGCCUCGCCUCCAUGAGCAACCUCUAUGGCCACUACCCCAAAGACAUGUCCGGCAUGGGGCAGCCUCUUUCCCCCCUGUCCAACGGUCUCGGGUCUUUGCACAGCUCCCAGCAGACUCUCAGCGCCUAUGGUCAUGGAGCUCACAUCUCCAACGACAAGAUGAUCUCCUCGGGGGGAUUCGAGUCCCACAUGCUGUCCCGGGGCGAGGAGCACCUGGCCCGGGGUCUCGGGGGCCACGGGGCCGGGCUCAUGACAUCCUUGAACGGCAUACACCAUCACAGCCAUCCGCACUCUCAGGCAAACGGGUCCAUGCUGUCAGACCGAGACAGGCAGACGGUGGUGGGAGGCGGGCAGGGAGGUGGGUCGGGGCAGGUGGAGGAGAUAAACACCAAGGAGGUGGCACAGCGAAUAACAGCAGAGCUCAAACGCUACAGCAUCCCCCAGGCCAUCUUUGCUCAGAGGAUCUUGUGCCGGUCCCAGGGAACUCUGUCUGACCUGCUGCGGAACCCUAAACCGUGGAGUAAACUCAAGUCGGGCCGGGAGACGUUCAGGAGGAUGUGGAAGUGGCUCCAGGAGCCCGAGUUCCAGCGGAUGUCGGCGCUCAGGCUUGCAGCCUGCAAGCGCAAAGAACAGGAGCAACACAAGGACCGCAACACGACGCCCAAGAAACAGCGCCUGGUCUUCACUGACCUGCAGCGGCGCACACUCAUCGCCAUCUUCAAGGAGAACAAGCGUCCAUCCAAGGAAAUGCAGAUCACCAUCUCCCAGCAGCUCGGCCUGGAGCUCAGCACCGUCAGCAACUUUUUUAUGAAUGCGCGCCGCCGCUGCGUGGACCGCUGGCACGAUGACCAUGGUGCCAGCCCCGGGCAGCCGGGCACGUCUGCCACCACCUUCUCCAAGGCCUGA